AAAUGCCAUUUUACUGGCGUUUGAUUGACGUUUUAUCCGUUGUUAGAUGCGUUAAUUUGAUUACCGAUGUCAACGACUACAAUUACGAAUUGUCGGGUUUGCAUGUCUGAACUGAACGCAACCGUUGGCAGCUUUAAUAUGCGUGAGCUGCCCAUGCUGGCGCACAAGUUUGUCACCUGCACAGAUCUGUCCAUCGACGAGGAUGAGCGGUUGCCAAGUGAGCUGUGCCAGGCGUGCCACACCCAGUUGGAUCAGCUGUAUGCAUUUCGUGCCAAGUGCAUUGCAGCUGACACGAAAUGGCGCAUGCAAAUUCUGGCAUUUUGCGAUGAUGAGGAACUUGUUUAUGACUUGGAGGUGGCACCAAGCACGCUGGAAGUCGAUGAGCUGCAAUUGGAGCAGAGCAGUGAAAUCGCGGACAGAACUGAAUCCAAAUGUGAUAUCCAGCGAACUGAAACUUCAGAGCUUGAAAUUGAGAAUCUCGUGUGUGAAUCACCUGCACUUAUAGAGGAGGCCGAUGAGGAGAUGGAUGUCGUUACAAGUACCUGGUCAACAGAGACAAAAGAUGUCUACAAAUGCGAUAUGUGUGCCGCGCAGUUCCUAAACGAGCAGCGCCUGCUGUCGCAUAAGCGUCGCCAUGGAAAGAGUCUGUUUCCCUGCCCAGAACCAGGUUGUGACAGGGGCUAUAGUCAUAAGCAUACGCUGACCCUGCACAUGCGAAAGUGUCACAAGCUUGGCAAGGAGCACAAGUCAUACGUUUGCGAAUUCUGUGGGAAACUCUUUGAUACGAUAUCGCUGCUCAAUACGCAUCGUUUCACACACAAGGACAAGUUAGCGCAGCCAUUCGCAUGCGAGGAUCCAAACUGUGAGCGACGUUUCUCCACCAAACAGCUGUUGAAGAUACACAUGAUGCGCCAUGCGGGUAUCAAGAACUAUACAUGUUCAUAUUGUGGUGUGCAGAAGACGACGCGGACUGAACUGAAGAUUCACCUAAACUAUCAUACGCUAGAGCGCACUUAUGCCUGCCAUCUCUGCUCGACGGUCUGUUACAGCUCCAGCAAUCUGAAUAAGCACAUUCGCACAAUACACGAGCGAGCGAGAAACUAUCUCUGUCGUUAUUGUGAGCGCGCCUUUAUUCAGCCAGAGACACGAAAUCAACAUGAACUGAUCCACACGGGAGAGAAGCCACACGAGUGUGUGGAAUGUGGCAGACGUUUCAGGCAAAAGGCGGCACUACGCUCCCACUACAAAAUCCAUGCGCGUCAGCUUAAGGAAUUGGAGUCUGCACAAGUAGCUGAUGCCGUUGACACAGCAGCUGAUGAUGAUGAUGGUAUUUAUGUACCAGAAAUGGGUGAAGAGAUUGAAUACGAUUGAACAAUAUGGAAAUUUUCGACUCUCUCGAAAUGUAUAUUUGAAGUUUAGCAACUUGAAAGUAAUAUAUAUUUUUUAUAUUAAAAAGUUCACCAUGUAUUUUUUACAUUACAAUUUAUUUCGAUAGACAUGAAUGAAAAUAAUAAUAUUUAUCUGUAAAUUUGUUGGUAAUGGUGUCAAAAACUAAAUCGCCAAUUUUUUAAACUUCCUACAACGUAUUGUUAAAUAUUAGACUUAAAUCGUGUUGACUGUUAAACUGUUCACUAUUGUCUAACAGGGAUAAAUAAAACUCACUUAUUUUUGGGAUUCAGAAUGUAAAUAGCAAUAGUUUUUAAUCAUAUUUUCAACUAAAACAAAAUGUACAAAAAUUAA